UUUCAGGCGACAAAUUACAGAAGUUAGAAAAUAAAACGAACAACUGCAUCUUUCCAACUAUUACAAUGUCGACAAUGCCGUUCUUCAUUUUACUUUGCUUGUUUCACGUCGGACUAACGUGCCAGAUAAUAAUUACUGGAAACAAUACCGUAAGUUGUUGCACUGAACUGGAGAGGAAGGUUACAGAGCUCGGGACAAAAAUCCAAAACAAUGCAUUGAAGACUGAGGUUGAGGAGUUAAAAAAUCGUACUGAGGUUAUAGAAAAUCAAAAUAAAGCCUUGGAGAUAAAGGUUAGAGAGUUUGAGCGAAAAGUCAAAAGCAAUGCUUUGAUGGCAAAGGUUGAUGAACCGAAGGAAAGUACUGACGUGAAACAAAUUUGGAAUAAAGGAUCGUGUGGUAAGAAGAAUCUAGCGUUACAUAAGACAUGUAGACAAAGUUCAUAUCACGAACACCAUAAAUGUGAUAAGGCUGUCGAUGGAGACCUCAGUAACUUUAUACACACACAAAUUACAAUGAAAAAUGGUACUUGGCACGGUGAAAGUUAUCCGUAUUUCUGGGUUGAUCUGAACAACAGUUGUUUAAUCAAACUAAUCAAAAUAUACAACAGGAAAGAAUGUUGUGGCGAUAGACUCCGCAAUGUGGAAGUUACUAUUGGACAUUCAUUAUCUAAUAUGAAGUUAUGUGGUUUCUAUAAAGGUCCAGCUGCAGACGGAGAAAUUGUAAACAUAUAUUGCAAAGUACCAAUGGUAGCACGUUACGUCAAGGUGAUGCUUAAGGAAAAUAAAAUAGAAGAAACAGUGAUUAAUUUUGCUGAAGUCGAAGUAUUCGCUAAAUAAAAUAAAAUAGAAUGUGGUUUGUUUCUUU